AUGACCAUGAUUCUGUACACGAACUGUACCUUCGGGCUCUAUGGCAAGGUGACCAAGAGUCGCGUUUUCGAAGCAUUUGAAACCUUGUGUGAUGCAGGUGGCUUUCUUCCUUUGUACGUCCGCCAGCAGAACGCAGGAAUUCUCUUCAGUCGACAGGACGAUACGAUACAUAUAAAGUCAUUCGAACUGUCUCCCCGCAACAAGGAAGUGAUAACGACCUUAGGUCGUCUUAAACGCACCUUUCCCGGCCCGGCAAUUGCCAUGGACAUGGAAGCUUUCACUGAACCCAGUCUGCGGAAAUCACUUGCAGAGACUAUUGCGAAAAUGAGCAAUCAAACAUUCCCUGGUACAAAGGCAAAGGCUAAAAAGGCUAGUCAGGAACAUGAUGAAGACAGAGAUUCCACCAAUCCUAAAAUGGUAACAGAGUUCCUUCCAGCAACUCUGUAUCCUCGGUGCUCCGACGUUGACGAGGCAAUUUUUGAACGCAGUUUCUUCGGAGAAUAUCACUGGCUUGCAUACGAUGGUCUUCCGAUCGAGUCCAAUUGGGGGUUGAUAGGCCAUGGUGGGCCGCUAAGUGGUAUGAAGUCCACCAACAUGCUUCCCUUGGCUGUAUGGCUAUUCCUCGCUUCGUUGGUGUGUUGCAACCCGUUUUCUACGAAGACACAUUCCAACAAACCACCAACGGCUACACUUACUUCCGGCAAUGCACACAAUAAAACGAUAUUUGUUGGUCGCACCAUCUCUGAGUUUAACCAGAUUGUGUUCCUGGGUCUCAAAUUCUCCAACGAGCCAGUCCGUUUUACUCCUGCGGAACUGAAGACCGAAUACACGUCCAAAGACAGUGACUCUGGUGCAUUUGAUCUCUCUGCAGCCGGAAUUAAGCCUCGGGCCGGUGAAAUAUACUACAACGCGACUGAGUAUGGGCCCCAAUCUGAUAGUGACGAAUUACUGCCGGUUCUGCUUUGGAUCUUUGGAGGUGGAUGGCAACAAGGUUCUACUGCAGACCCGAGAUACAAUAUGAGCUACAUAAUCCAACAGAGUGCAGAGAAUGGCAAGCCUGUGCUUGGUGUGUCGAUCAACUAUCGACUCGCUGCUUUUGGCUUCCUAGACUCUGAGGAAGUUCGGGCUGAAGGAAACACCAACCUUGCACUUCGAGAUCAGCGUGUUGCCAUGCACUGGGUCAAAAAUAAUAUCAAAGCCUUUGGCGGUGAUCCCGACAAGAUCACUAUCUGGGGCGAGUCUGCAGGCGCUUACAGUGUCGGAGAUCAUCUAGUCACCAACGGCGGGGAUAACGAGGGGCUUUUCAGAGCUGCCAUAAUGGAUUCUGGAAAUGCGGUUGGACCCCCAUACAACGGAACCGAAUGGCACCAACCGAUGUACAACGGCAUUGUCGAGCGAGCAGGAUGUUCGAAUGAAACUAAUACCCUCCAAUGUCUCCGUGAUCUCCCAUAUGAGACUUUCUACAGCAUUGCCUACGCUGGUUUGGAGUGGUUUGCCACUAUCGAUGGUAUCUUCAUCACACAAUAUCCACAAAUAAGCUAUCGCGAGGGCAAAAUUACCCAAGUUCCUAUUCUUCUAGGUACAAACACGGAUGAAGGGACAAGCUUCGGGACCACGGGUGUGAAUACAGAUGAGGAAGCCAUUAAACAACUUAUCUCAUCCAAACGAUGGGUUCUUUCCAGCACGGAAGCCACUGAACUUUUGAGCCUUUACCCUAACAUAUCUGCUAUCGGCUGCCCCUACGGCUGGGGGAAUGUUACCUGGCCAUCUCUCGGUUAUGAGUAUAAGCGCUAUGAGUCCAUCGCUGGAGAUCUGUGCAUGGUAGCACCACGUCGAAUGCUGGCACAUACCAUGUCCGGUUUUGAGAAGAAUGUCUUCUCAUAUCGGUGGGAUGUAGCUGCCGUAAACACUAGCUCAACAAUUGGAGUGCAGCAUUUCGCCGAGAUUCCUUUCGUCUUUGCCAACCCAGUCCAGAAUAUCACCUCCUUGGGAGCAGAUUUACCUGGUCGAUUAGCACUUGGACAGAUGGCCGCACGGAUGUGGACAUCUUUUGCAGCAGAUUUGACACCCAAUGGCCAUGGAAUUCCGAACAUUCCAACCUGGCCUCGUUUUUCAUCCGAAGCCAGCAACUUCGUCUUUCGACUUCCGCGGGACGAGAGCUAUGUUGAAGCAGAUGAUUAUCGUGUAGCGGGAAUUGAUUAUAUAAACAACAUUGCACGGUAG